GCCCGCCUGCCGCCGCGCCUGGAGGCGAUGCGCCUGGGGCGCCGCCCGGCGCCGUGGCUGGGGUCGGCGCGGCCCUGGUGGGGGCCCUGGCUGCGCUUCCUGCUCCAGGAGGGGGGCCGCCGCCUGGCGCGCCGCCGGCGCCUGGGCCCCUCGCGCUGCCAGGGGCGGUUGCUGCUGGCGCUGGAGGCGGCGGCGUGGCGGCCGCAGCGGGGCCGGCGCCCGCCGGCGGGGGCGCCGUGGCGCUGGAGCGGCUGGUGGACGGCCCCUGGAUGGGCUCGUCGGCCCUGCAGCGCGGCGCCUUCACAGCGGGGGCGGUGCUGGAGACGCCCGCGCACGACCCGACGGGCCAGGUGGACGGCACGGCGCUCUUCGAGGUCGUGGAGGCGGGCGUGCCGGGCCCCGACGGGGUCUACCUCUCCGUGAACUUCCAGGGCGCCUCGCUCCCGGCCCGCGUCCUGGAGCUGGACCUGAGCUUCCCCGCCCCAGGCGCCAGGGCCCCGCGGCUGGUCGGGCGCGGCGAGCGGCGCGCCGACUGGCUGCGCCUGAGGUCGGCUCGGGGCCUGGUCGAGCCGUGGGUUUGGCCGACCUUCCGGCCUCCAGGCGGCGGUGGGGCCGAGGGCGGCGCCGCCGUUGCGCCAGCGCGGGGCCGCCUCGCGGGGGCUGCGGCUGGGUUCGCGGCGGCCGCGGCUGCUCUGGAGGCGGCCGGCUCUGCAGCUCGCCCGCUGGCGGCCCGCCGUCGCCGCCGCGAGCAGUCGCGAAGCGACAGUGAGGGGCGAGCUGGCGGCGACCAGCUGGAUUUUCGCGACGCCCCCUCCCGCGGCAACGCCAUUCAGGCGGUGGCCGACGGGCGCCCGGGCACGCUGUGCGACGAAGCGAUUGCCCAGAUCGCGCGUGUCAUGGGCCUGCGGGAGGGGGCGGACGGGCAGAGGGUGCGCCCUCGCAUCAGGGGCUACCUCCAGGCCGUGGUGUUCGGCCACCACCCGAUCCACUCGGUCGGGGGGCGGACGGUGCGCGAGCUCCAGGCGCUGGCGGCAGCGAUGGACCUCCUGGAGGACGGGUCGCUGGCGUCGGUCGCGGACGCGCUGAUGCAGCGGUUCAAGGCGCUGGAGAUGGCGCUGAACGACGGCAACUGGUACAUUGCCAAGGAGCUGGAGGUGGUCGAGGGGAUCCGCCCGACGCUUGCCUCCCGCGACGAGCAGGAGUCGGCGCGGAGGUCGGCGAUGCUGCGGCGGCGGCUGGAGGAGGGCGGAGCCGUGGGCGCGGGAGCGACCCCGCUCGCCGCGGCCGGGCCUUCAUCGCGACGAGGCGUGGCGGUGCCCGCCCUGGCGGAGCCGCAGCGGCCGCGGGCCAGGCUGCCGGCGGGCCGGAGGGUCCCGCAGCCGCUCGCGAGGGCGGCCCGCGGGGGCGGCCCCCGCCCUGGCGCUGCGGCGGCGCCGGGCCGCGUGGAGCUGCUGGGCGCUCCCGAAGUCCGCGCCUUCCGUCAGGGCCAGCCGGCAGCGCAGGUCGGCGGAGAGGAGAAGGCUGGGGCGGCUGCCGAGUCCUUCCGCCGCCCGCUGGAUGCGGGCCCGAUCCUCGAGGAGCUGAUGCGAGAGUUCCCAGGGUCGCUUGGGGUCUGCGUGGGCAAGUGCACAGCGGGCAUCGGCCAACUGGACGGGGGCGGCUGCAACGUGACCUGCUACCGCUGCCCUCGCUCGGCCCUCCUCGGAAUUGCGCGGCGCAUCUACUCGAGCGUCGCGCCCGAGCCCGCCAUGGCCGGGGCCCUCGACUGGUCCGAGAAGCUCAAGGACCGGGCCAUCGCGCUCGACGGCUCGGACGUCUCUACGCCGAGCAAGAUCACGCUCGAGCAGAUCGAGGGCGGCCUGUCGCCUGUGGGGGUAGCCGCCUCCAUCGAGACCGCGGAUCUCGCCGCGGGCUUCGUGCGGGCGGCGCUGCUGGGCCCCUCCCUGGCCCUCCUGCCGCCGGCUCAGAGGCGCCCCGCGCCGACCUCGACGCGCGUCUGGGCGACUGCGCAGGAGUGGGGGCAGGUGGUGAGUGCCCUGUUUGCUCGCGGGAUGGUUGGCUCGAUCGACGAGGACGAGAUCGCGACCAGAGACGGGGUCCCCUUGAUCAACGGGGCCUUCGGCGUGGCGAAGGUGCACGACGCGCCAGUCCGCUGCGGCGAUGGCGAGGAGCGGCCCGUCCUUCGGCUCAUCGUCAACCUGAUCCCCGCGAACGCGUGCCGGCGCGCCAUCGCGGGGGGCACCCCCGUCGUGCCGACGAUGGGGCAGCUGAACGGACUGGUGCUGGCUCCAGGGGGGCAGCUGCUCUGGGGCGGGGCGGGCCGCAAGGCGUUCUUCUACGUGUUCAGGGCGCCCCCCGCCUGGUGGCCCUACAUGGCGCUGGCGCCGCCGGUGCCGCGGCGGCUGGUGGGCGGCAGCGGCGACGGGCUGACCCGCAUCGCACUGAGGGUCAUCGGCAUGGGCUGGAUCAGCGCGGUCGGGGUCGCGACGCACCUCCACCGCAACAUGUUGAGGCGGUCUGCCCUGGUCCCCCGCGGACUGCCGCCUGCGGCCGAGGUGGUGCGCACCCGCCGCCUGCCUGCGGAGACCCACGCAGACGGCGUCGCGAUGUGGUUCAUCUACAUCGACAACCUCGAGAUCGCGGAGAUCGUGUCGAGUAAGGGGGCCGUCAAGCUGAAGGGGGCCAUCCCCGAGCUGCUGAGCCGGGCGUCGGCCUGCUACGAGGAGGCUGAGUCUCCGGGAUCGCGGGGGAAGGAUGUCCACCGUGCCCAGCAGGUGUCCACGCUGGGGGACCUCGUGGAUGGCGAGGCUGGCGUGCGGCGGCCGCCGCUGGGCUACGUCACGGAGCUCGCGAGCCUGACGCUGUGGUUCCUGGCGAAGCCGCUCGCCGCCGCCUUCGUGAACGCUUGGAAGUGGCUGGCGUCGGGCCGCUCGGGCGGGCUCGUCGCUCUGCGCGUCGCCGAGGACCUGCUGAUCGCGGCCGCGCUCGCACCGCUCAGCGUGGCGGACAUGCGGCUGACCGUCGACCACCUCGUGACGGCGUCCGACGCCUCGGAGGCCGCGGGGGCGAUCGUCUACUCCCAAGGGCUGUCGGACAUGGGUCAUGCCUUCGGGGCCAGAGGCCCGCGGGCUUUCAACCCCGCCUGUGUGGAGGGCGUCGAGCUGAUCUCCGUCUUCUCAGGGAUCGACGGGGCGCGCCAGGCCUUCGAGAUCCUGGGCCUGGUCCCCGCGGGGCACCUGUCGUUCGAGGUUGACGCCGAGGCUGUGCGGGUGGCUUGGCGGGCGUACCCCAGCACCGUGCACCUGGGAGACGUCGCGGCUGCAGAUCCUGCGAAUCUGGCGCGCCUCCUGCGGGGCCACGGCCGCAUCGCGAAGGUGAUCGUGAUCGGGGGCUUCCCGUGCCGGGGCUUCGCGGUGUUGAACGUGGCCCGCGAGGGGAGCGCGGGCCCGAGGUCGCAGCUGGCGGGCCACAUGUGGAGGCUCAUCGAGGGGCUGAGGCGCGAGCUGCCCGAGGCCGCGGUGGACUUCCUCGGGGAGAACGCGGCGUCCAUGGCGGAGGACGAGGUUCUGGCCUUGAACGAGAUGUUCGGCCGAGUGCCGGUGUCCCUCGACGCCGCGGACUGGGUCCGCCGCCCGCGGCUAUACUGGCUGUCGUGGGACCUGCUGCCCUCCUUCGAGAUGUCGGCCGAGAUGAAGGCGGCGGCGGAUGGACGGCCGCCUGCCGACUUUCGCGCGCUGGACGCCGCGGAGCUCGCCUCGGCCGCGGCCCGCGGGGCUCCGCCAGUGCACGCCGCAGGAGGUGGCGCGCUGGACGGCAGCGGGCUAUGCGCAGCCCCGCCCUAUCAGUUUCGGGACUGCUUCUGCCUGCAUUGGGCGGGCGGGCGGAAGGAUCCGCCGCGGGCAGUGGUGCGUGAGGUGCUGACGGGGUUCAGGCGGGGCCACGCCGUGCCCUGCAUGAGCAGCUCCGCCGCCAAGAGCGACCCCGAGCGCUUCGAGGCCUUGUGGCGGUCGUUCGUGGGCAACUCGUUCCAGUGCGAGGUCGUGGCCUGGCUGCUGAGCUACUGGGCGGUGCGCCACUCGCUGCUGGUGGCGGUGCCAUCCCUGCGGUGCCUCCACGAGAGCUCGAGGAGCUGGUCGAUGGGCCGCAAGCUUUGGGCUUGCGAUGUCAUGACGCUGCUGUGUGGGCGCGAGGCCGUGUGCGAGGAGAACCUGCACCUGCUGGAGGAGGCUGGCCGCGUGCCCGCGGCUGGCGCUGGGCAGGUGACGCGCGCCGUCUACGUCGGCCGCGGGUCGCGCCGCUGGGGGCUCGCCCCCUCCAAGUGGGGGAACCCGUGCCCCGUGGUGCCGGGGCGGCCAGCCAGCGACGCCGUCGCGCUGUUCGCGGGCUGGUUGCGCUCCCACGCCAAGCUCCUGGACCUGCUGGGAGAGCUGGAGGGGGCUCGGCUGCUCUGCCACUGCCCCUCGGGUCAGGCCUGCCACGCGGACGUCCUACUGGCGGAGCUGGAGCAGCGUGGCAAGGGGUGCUCGCGGCCCUUCCUAGAGCACCAGAGGAUCUACGCUGGCAUUUGGAUGUGGAAGGUCGCGCGCCAGCUCGUUUGGCAGGACCAAGCCAAGCACAUCGAUGUGUUAGAGUGCGAGGCUGCGCUGAUGGCCCUGCGUUGGCGGGCCCGCUCAGUCUCACGACAGAUGUGCGUCUUCCUUCACCUGCUCGACAGCAUGGUGGAUAUCGGUGCUCUUGCCAAGCGCCGGUGUUCCAGCCAGCAGCUCAACAAUGUAGUGCGCGCCUUUUCCAUCCUUGAGCUGGCGCUCGGAUCGCGGGCUGGUCUUGCCUUCGCCUCAUCGGCAAAGAACCUUGCGGAUGCGCCAUCCCGCUUGCCCAAUGGGUAG